AUGGAGAAUAAUUUCUCGGCCGAGCCUUCUCUUCUUAUAAGGCUCUACCUCUCUCUGGGGAUCUUCUCGGUUGGGAUGAAAUCGCUCGAGGGUCUUUCGGCGGUUGCGGUCUGGGCGGUUGGUGCAUGGCGGUUCGACGCGUGGUUGGAGUACCAUCGCUAUGCAGGAGUGACUCGGUUCUAUUGGUACGAUGAGGCCAGGAACGCAGAUGAGGACCAGGACGUGGUGCUCGCCCCCUACAUCGACGCCGGCCUGGUGGUAUACCACCGCGUGCGCGAGCUUCCAUUCGUGGAGGGCAACUUCACAGCGUAUUUGAAUAGGCAGUUCCGGUGCAAGCAGGGGGCUGCAUUCAACCACUGGGUGCAGCACUAUGCAUCGGAGGUGCACUGGGCUUUCCACACAGAUAUCGACGAGUAUUUCUUUUCCCCGGCCGGCACGCCGCCCGGCUUUCUUCGUCACUACCUGCAGAAGCUGCCAAACACAACAGUACAGGUGCUGGUUCAAAACAUGUUCUUCCUUGGGGAUCCAAUCGGCUCAGACACCAACACACUGCUAGAGCACUACACCCACCGCAUGCCCACCUCCUCCGGGCGCCUCCGCACUAAGCCCAUUGCAUGGCUGCCCCUCGCUGUGCACCUCAGCGGUGAUGUUUUCAUCAGCCCCCACCAGUGGCCUAUGAUGGAGAAUGGCCGGCCGCCAUUGGUUGAUACGGGGGUGCUGAGGCUGAACCACUACUGGGGGGACCGCGCCGGGGUGAUUUCGGACAAUACCCCGGAUUACAGGAUUGAUGUCACGAUGAUGAGCGAGUAUGGGGAUGGGCUCGUGAAGGAUGAGUCAGCAAAGCCCAUGGGAGUGUGGCUGCGGCAGCGCAUGCAGGUGGCAUGGGCGGUCAUUUCAGCCCAGGCGGUUCACAAGGAGAGGAAGCGGCUCAGGAAACGUGUGGCUGAGGUGAAGACACGUGUCAGGCAGCUAGAGGCUCUCGUGCCCCAGCUGUUGAAUGAAGGAGGAGGCAAGGGAGUGAGGAGAGAAGGGAACGAAAGGGACAUGGAAGAGGAGUGGGGGUAA